AUGAAACACCUUGUUCCUCAAUUCCCUUCCGUCUUGGCCAUCUAUUGCUUCUGCAUGCUACAGAUUCCCUCUUCAGGAUUUCCUCGACCUCUAGCUGAUCCCCCAGAUGGCUUGGAUGUCAUGCAGCUUGAGCGUCUGGCAUAUUGGGCAACUCUUUCUAGGCAACUUAAGGAUAAUCAAGACAUAUACAAAAGGUUUUUAUUUCACUACUCCAGAACUCAGAAGCUGACACAGCCAGUUAAAAGUGGGAUUCCUCCCGUGCACCCGUUAAUGCGCCUGGCCGCGCAGCUCGCAGACCGGAGGGUGAAAAGAUUUCCGCAACAGCGCGAUUCAGGGACUGCCACAGUGGAUUUCACCAAGAAGGAUCACAUUGCCACCUGGGGACGACCAUUUUUCCUUUUCAGGCCAAGGAACGGAAGAAACAUGGACGAUAACGCCCGGUAGGACACUCCAAGAAUUCAGUGGCAAAGAGAAACUGGAUCAGAUAAAGAAACCGAGCAAUUAUUUUGAACACGUG